CAGGGUUUGGGGGUUUUGAGAUUGGGGGAAUUGGGGCCUCAUUCGUGAUCUGGGUUUUUGAUUCAAGGGUUGGGAAAAGGUGGGAUCUUUGGAGCUUUUUCGAGUUUCCGAGCUCUGGGAAAGGUGAACAAAAUCAGAUUCAUUUUUGUUCUCAGCUUAUGCAUGAGCUCAUAAUUUCUCUUUUCCUUCAUAAUUUGCAGCUCUUUUGUGGAGAAAAAAGAGGACUUUUUUUUUUUUUGUUUUUUCUCUUUCCUGUGCACAAAAAGGAGAUGGUUCAUUCCCUUAUUGUAUGCAUUCUAUGAAAACAACACUAUAUUGGCAUGAUCACAUUCACUGAUUCCCCAAAAGAAGCAAUGAAGGAGACUGAGAAGUGCUUAGACCCCCAGCUCUGGCAUGCCUGCGCCGGCGGCAUGGUCCAGAUGCCGCCUAUCCACUCUAAGGUCUACUACUUUCCCCAGGGCCACGCCGAGCACGCGCAGGGCGGGCCCGCCGACCCCCUCGGCCCCUCCCCCUCCCGCGUGCCGCCCCUGAUCCUCGCCCGCGUCUCCGCCAUCAAAUUCAUGGCCGAUCCCGAGACCGACGAGGUCUUCGCCAGGAUCCGGCUCGUCCCCGUGCGGCCCAACGAGCCGGACUAUGGCGAUCACUGCGAAAUUGGCGGGAACGGCGACGGCCCGGACGCUCAGGAGAAGCCCGCGUCGUUCGCGAAGACGCUGACCCAGUCGGACGCCAACAACGGCGGCGGAUUCUCCGUCCCCCGGUACUGCGCGGAGACCAUAUUCCCGCGGCUGGACUACUCCACCGACCCGCCGGUUCAAACCGUGCUCGCCAAGGACGUGCACGGAGUUGUUUGGAAGUUUCGCCAUAUCUACAGAGGCACCCCUCGCCGCCACCUGCUCACGACCGGGUGGAGCACGUUUGUGAACCAGAAGAAGCUCGUCGCCGGAGAUUCGAUAGUGUUCUUGCGGACGGAGAAUGGGGAUUUGUGCGUCGGCAUUAGACGGGCCAAAAGAGGGGUCGGUGCCGGCCCCGAGUCCCCGCCGGGGUGGAACACUCCCAACGGAAACUGCGUCUCAGCGUACGGAAACUUUUCGGUGUUUUUAAGGGAGGAGGAGAGUAAAUUGAUGAGGGGCCCCGCGAACGGCGGGAAUAUGAAUGGCGGCGGUGGCGGGAGUCUGAGGGGGAAGGGGAGAGUGAGGGCCGAAUCGGUUGUCGAAGCCGCUAAUCUUGCGGCCAGUGGACAGCCUUUCGAGGUUGUGUACUAUCCGCGGGCCAGCACCCCGGAGUUCUGCGUGAAGGCCGGGGCGGUGAGGGCCGCGAUGAGGGUGCAGUGGUGUCCGGGGAUGCGGUUUAAGAUGGCCUUCGAGACGGAGGACUCGUCAAGGAUCAGCUGGUUCAUGGGGACCAUUUCGUCCGUGCAGGUGGCCGAUCCCAUUCGAUGGCCGAAUUCGCCGUGGCGGUUGCUUCAGGUGACUUGGGACGAACCGGAUCUGCUGCAGAACGUGAAGCGCGUGAGCCCGUGGCUCGUCGAGCUCGUCUCGAACAUGCCCACCAUCCAUCUCCCGCCCUUCUCGCCGCCGAGAAAGAAACUGUGCGUCCCCCAACACCCCGGCGGCUUCCCCCUCGAAGCGCAGCUUCAGGGCCCGGCUUUCCACGGAAGCCCUUUCGGGCCCGUCAGCAGCCCUCUGUGCUGCUUCCCGGACAGCGCUCCUGCAGGCAUACAGGGAGCCAGGCAUGCUCAUCUCGGUCUAUCAAUUUCAGACCUCCACCUCAGCAAGCUGCAGUCGAGCCUGUUCGCCGCCGCCCCGCCCGCGAGAAUCUCCACGGGUCUCAUCGUCAGCAAUUCCCCGAUCCGUGAAAACAUUUCGUGCUUGCUAACUAUCGGCUCCCCUUCUCAACCAACAAAGAAGUCGGUAAAUGGGAAAACACCCCAACUAGUGCUUUUCGGACAGCCUAUACUCACCGAACAACAGAUUUCUCUGAGCAAUUCUGCAGACACGGCUUCCCCGGGAAUUACCAAGAACAGUUCGUCAGACGGGAAUCCUGAGAAGACGGUGAACGUCUCGGAUGGUUCCGGAUCGGCCGUUAAUCAGAACGGUCAUGCAGAGAAUUCGUCAUGUGAAGAACUCGUCGCCGGGCACUGCAAGGUGUUCAUGGACUCGGAGGAUGUGGGCCGCACCCUCGAUCUCUCUGUGUUGGGAUCGUACGAAGAGUUGUACAGACGGCUAGGCGACAUGUUCGGAAUCGACAGAGCUGAAUUGAUGAGCCACGUGCGCUACCGCGACGCGGCGGGCGCAGUUAAACACACUGGAGAUGAGCCUUUCAGCGAGUUCAUGAGAUCGGCGCGGAGGCUGACGAUAGUAACAGACGCCGGAAGCGAUAACUUAGGGAGGUAGGAACAAGCAAUCUUUUGUCUACUGUACAGUUGAGUUUGAGCAAAAGCUCCCAAGAAGCACUUCUCUUUAAGCUUUGUAGCAUCUUCUCUUCUCCAUUGAAUUCGACUCGUGUGAGAGCACCAAGUCCAGGUGGUUUUUGCUUUCCAUGAGUGCAUUUACCCCAACUGUGAAAAGCUUAACAAGGUAAAAGAAUUUGGCUCCUUGAGAAGCUUCUUUAAAAGCAUAUAUAUAGUGCCCACUGUAAUAAAGGAUGCUUGUGUAGACAUCAAUGCUUUUGUGGUAGUACCAACUGAGAUAUUCAGGACUAAUUCUGCAGUUGAUGAUGCACUGGGCAUCUUUACGGACAAUUCUGUACCGUAGCAUAGGUCUCAUGAUACAGAGCUAUCAGAGGUGCUUAAUCAAAGGCUGUUGAUGUGUUGAUAAUUACUCACAGUACGUACUGGUAGGCUAUAAGUAUACGCAUGUAUUUCGAAACACCGCCAGCGCAUUACCGGCGUUGCGAGGGGCUUAUUGUCUUAUUUGUUGCCCUCUUUUUCAUUUCACCUUAGAAGUCAUAGAUGGGUGGGUGUAUUUUUUUCCUUUUCUUUUUUUGUACUUGCAAGAAUAAUGAGAAUGAUGAUGAUUGGUAUGAAAUGGGAAUUCAAAAGGAAUGAUUAUGCUGUC